AUGUUCGCCUUCGGGGGCGGCUCAACCUGUUCGGGAACCACAUUUGGCAGGUCUGCUGACUCGGCGGAGUCGCAGCCCUGGCUGGACCGGCAGGACAUGCUGCUGAUGCUGACGUACCUGCUGAGCUCGGACGGCGCCGGCUACGGCUGUCUGGACCGGGUGGCCUGCGAGCAGCCCGAUCGCGCCAAGCAGUACAUCACCGCCGGCAAGAUGCUCUUCAGCGGCGCGAAAAUGGUGGACGGGAUCCUACCAGUGGACAGCAAGUACGAGGAGGUGCUGGACGGCAUGCAGAAGGCGGUGUACCACGGCCAAAGCGGCGGCGUGUGCAGCCUGCGCUACCGCUGCUCGGAAACACUGACCCAUGCGCCAGACACGACCUGA